AUGUUAUUCUGCACAUCGUGCAAUCGCACCAUUGAGGACACAGAGCACUACAAGACGGAGAUGCACGUCCUAAACAGCAUGCGGAAGUGCAGAGGGGAGGAGCCAAUCGCAUACGCGGACUGCGAGAGCUGCUCGUCUUCAGACGAGGUCUCUUUGAGAGGAAGCGACUCUGGUGAAUUCGAGUCGCUGAGCAGAAGGGGCCUGGACAUCCACGCUGGAAUUACGGUGAAUUUGGCCAAUGAGAGGGCGACCUGCAUCUUCUGCCCUGAGACUGGGACACCAGUUCACUACCACAAAAUGCAUGGACUCGAUUCAGAGCAAAUUAGCUUCGUAUUCAGUGGAAUCUGCUUCAUUUGCAAGGAUGGUUUCGUGACACAGGGGGAGUUAGUGAGACAUAUGGAGCAAAACAGGCACCGAAACGUGCUGACUGAUGGCGUCAGUCUCUACCUGGAAAAUGGGAAGAUUCUCCACCAGGACAAAAUGAAAAUGACAAAUUGCCACGGAUUUGGAAGCCAGGGAUUCAGAAGGAGCUAG